AUGCAACGAUGGUUACGAGUAGCUGUCGGGUUAUCUGGUGGAGUUGACAGUGCAGUCGCGACAUGGCUUUUGAAAAAGAGAGGUUUCGACGUCAUUGGAGUUUACAUGAACAACUGGGACCAUAUUGAAGAGGGCAAUUCCAUUUGCCCAAGGACAAAAGAUGAAGCCGAUGCCAGAUAUGUGUGCGAAAAAUUGCAUAUCCCAUUUGCUACAGUGAACUUUGUGAAAGAGUAUUGGAACGAGGUAUUCAUGGAAAUCAAAUUCGAGCGCCUGCACAACCACGCUAUUGAUAAACUAGGAGUAGAUUUAGUAGCAACUGGACAUUACGCGAGCACAUCCUGGGAUCCUGAGGCUACUCAAGGCAUGGAUUCAGGUGUAAAACUUCUAUGUAGUGCUGACCCACUGAAGGAUCAGACACCGUUUCUGUGCACUCUUCAACAGAAGCAGUUGAGACGUGCGUUGUUUCCAAUCGGGUCACUGACAAAAACGCAGGUCCGACAUAUAGCACGAGAACAGGGACUAGGUAGAGUUGCUGGUAAACCUGAGAGUAUGGGUAUAUGCUUCGUUGGCAAGCGGAGAAACUUUGAUAGUUUUAUUGAUCAGUAUAUCGAACCUCGUCCUGGAAAAAUUAUCACUUUGGAAGGAAAGUUCCUUGGGCAUCACAAUGGUGUUCAUCAUUUCACUCUUGGGAAGCGUAUAGCAGUUCAGGGUUGUCAUCUAGGUUAUUUUGUGGCACAGAUAGAUGCAGAAAAGGACACAGUUUAUGCGGUAAGAUCAUCUAUUUUGCAGGCAUUCUUCUUCAUUUUGAUCGUUGCACAAAUUCGAUAG